AUGAACUGUGGUCAUCUUGAAGCCAGAGUGGGGGACACCAUCCUGCUGAGCUGUCAGAGCAAGGAGGGCUUCCAAAAGCUUUGGCUCCAGACCCUCUCGCACUACCUGACCGGCAUUCAGACCACCCUCGCAGAGGUGGAGGAUCUGGCGAGCAACUACUGCAAGGACCUGGUCUUCAUCCAAAGGAGGUUCCUGGAAUUCUUGCAGCGCACGGAUGACAAAGCGCAGGUGCUCGAGGAGUUUUUGCGGAGCUUCCCACUGAAGGGUGCGGCGCCCCCGGGCUCCAGGCAGGCGGACGAGCUGAACGAGCAGCUGCAGGACGACUUGGCGGACAAGCUGUGGAUCCACGCGAACCACCGGAAGUUUGAGUCCGUAGAGGAGCGGCACCGCCUGAUGACGCCCGGGCCUUGCUCUCUGAAAAGUUCGGCUACGAACGGCUUCUGGGAGGAGAAGGCGGCAGCACAUUUGCGCCUCGCCAACAAGCUGCAGGCCCUGGAGCUGUGCCGCUUCCGCGCCUCCGCGGCGGUGCUGCGCUGGAGCUACACCAAGGAGGGCCAGGCUCUGGACUGCUUCGAGCCGCUGGAGGAGGUGCCCACACACCUCUCCUCGCUGCAGGAGCUGGCCAUGUGGCUGGACGAGUCCGCCGAGCGCGUGGCCUCGGUGGCGCCCACGGGCGCCGAGCUUGAGUCCUCGGAGGUGAAGGAGGAGGCGGAAGUGAGCUUCAUGGCCGAGGACAGCUCGCUCAUGGAGAGCGUGGGCGGCGUCAACGAGGGGCCCAAGAACUUGGAGCUCAUUGCGGCCAUCCAAGCUGAGCGGCACGGCCUCGGGGCGCGGUGUCGGAAAGUGGCGUCCUGGACCUACUCGCGGCUGGAGCAGAUGCGGAGCCAGUAUGACGAGAUCUUCAAGCGGAUGGACGACUGGAUCAAGAACCGUGUGAAGGAGGAGAAUGAAGCCAUCAAGGAGACGGAGCAGCUGCUGCGCAGCGGACACUGGCAGGAUGAGGAAGAAGGCCGCAGCCUUAGCAGAUCCACGACUCUGCGGAAGUCCCACACAGGUCAUCUCAAGCCCGCGCUCUCGAGUGCAGCGGGGAAACGACGGCGAGACGUGCUGAAGGUCAUCGUCCCAAAGACGCUGGACGUGGAUGUGUACUCUCCUCCGGAGCUCUUUGUCACUGCCGCCUCGCGGCCGGGCACAAGCGCCUCAGGCGCCCGCCCCGUGUCCCGGCAGUCGGGCAACUCACGACGCCCGGGCCCAGUCCUGCCAGAGCGCUGGACGCAGGAGAUGCUUUGGGGCCUCCUCGCGCGGCUCUCCGACUUAGAGCCCAGCGGCAUCUGCCAGCCCCAGCUUCUGCGCCAGGUGCUGCUGGAGCGGCGGCAUGCAGCACUUGGCUUCGAGAACGAGCAGGUGUUGCCGGUGUCUUGGGUCCAGCGCCCGCUGGUGGUCUACCACCUGCUUUGCCGGACCAUGCUGGAGCCGGCUUGGGGUGCCGCGGGAGUGGAUGUCACCGAGUUCCUCCUGGCCCUAACGCACCAUGAGAACUGGAUCGCGUGGCCGAACCGGGAGGCGCUCGAGGCUACUCGAGAGUACCUGCAUUCGGAGGAUGCGAUGCUGGAGGAGGAACAGCUGUCCAUGUCGGCCCCAAAAAAGUACCCCGACGUGCCUGUGUCCGAGGAGCUCUUUAGCAAGCUUCCUCUUUGGCCCGCCGGCUGCCGCCCGGAGUUGCGGACCUUCAUGUUCCACGUCCUUUGCUGCUUUGCCGAGGAGGGGGCGGUGCGCCUUCCGCCCAAGCCGGGCCGUGAGGCGGAAGGUCGAGGCCCCAUCAGCGCCAGGAGGAUCUUCAGCUACUUCGGCCUGGGGAACACCCCGGCUGCAACCUUUAGCCAGCAAUGCAGGCUGCUACUUCCAGCCAGCUGCUUUUCGGAGGAUCCCCCGCCCCAGGUCCUGGUGAAGGACCUUUGGACGAUCCUAUACAGCCAGAAGAGCCGGCCUGCAACCAUGAUUGCGCCGGUGCCUGACCUGGCGACCUUUUGCAACAGUCUGUUGGAGGAGGGCAAGGUGCCGGAGCCAGUGCCCAAGGCCAAGGCAAAGGCAAAGGGCAAGGCCAAGCAAGAGGUGGAGGAGGAGGUAGAACCACCCCCGGUGCCUGAAGAGGCCACAGUGGCCUUCUCGGAGUCCGUGCUGCUUCAGCGGCAGACCGUGCUGAAGGCGCUCUGCAGUCAUGGGGGGUUGCUGUGCCGGCGCCGGAACCUCGAGGAGCUCUUCCCCAAUCCAGGUGUCUUCCCCCUGAAGACAGCCGCAGAGGCAGCGGCGCAGAGCGAGCUGGCGUCGCUGAUACCGGCGCCAGUGGAGGAGGCUCAGGAGGACCCGCCACCAUGAGAGUCCACGUUUCACCUCCGCAGAAAUCUGCGGCCCUCGAAUGGAGCGAGUAGCGAUUAUUGGGUGGGCUAGUCCCGGAU